UUGGAAUUUCGUUGGACGUCGGCAAGGUGCAAUUUCUAUAUCUAUUCAUCUUUUCCGAGGGCGCUGUUUUCUCGAACUCGGUCCCGACGGAUCUCCGCUUGCUGUGGUACUGUUGGUGAGAGAGAGGGAGAAGAGGGAGAUGCAGACCCCUUUGAUCGCGGGAGAGGGCAGCAGCAGCAGCGGCGCCGGCGGAUGGCGAGGUGCCGCCUACCAAAGGCGGAAGUCCGUUCCGCGGAGGUCCGACGCCAUAACUUACGGAAACAACUACCAGAAGGCCGCAGCUCUCGUUGAUCUGGCAGAAGAUGGUAUUGGUCUUCCCGAGGAGAUUCUAAAUGAUACAAGAUUCGAAAAGGCUGCAAAGUUCUAUUUUGUCUACAUUCGCUUGGAUUUUCUAUGGUCACUUAAUCUUCUUGCCUUAAUUAUACUCAACUUUCUCGAGAAACCUCUAUGGUGUGCAAAGUAUGGCCACUAUUCUUGCGAGGACAGAGAGAACUUUUUCCUUGGACAGCUGCCUUACUUAACCAGUGGCCAAUCACUCACUUAUGAGGGAAUAACACUAUGCAUUCUUGCAUUACAUACUUUGCUUCCACUUGCAUAUGAGGGUUUCCAUCUUUACUGGAAGAAUCAUUUGAACAAGUUAAAGGUCACGCUUCUCUUGGUUUUAGUUUGUGAUAUGUUCAUAUAUGCUCUCUCUGUGUCACACAUGUUUGUUCCUUUACUACCUUUAAGAGUCGCACCAUAUAUCCGUGUUGUCUUUGUUAUUUUGACAAUCAGGGAUUUGUGUGGAUGUAUGCUCACACUGGCUGGAAUGGCUGGCACAUACCUUAAUAUCUUGGCUCUUUCGGCUUUUUUCCUCUUAUUUGCCAGCUGGUUAGCUUAUGUCACAUUUGAGGACACUGAACAGGGAAGGACCAUGUUUAGUUCUUAUGGAACCACAUUAUAUCAGAUGUUUGUACUUUUCACCACAUCUAACAAUCCAGAUGUGUGGGUUCCUGCCUACAAGAAUUCGCGAUGGUCAUGCCUUUUUUUCGUCCUCUAUGUGCUGUUGGGUGUUUAUUUCCUUACAAAUCUUAUUCUUGCUGUUGUUUAUGAUAGCUUCAAAAAACAGCUUGCAAAGCAAGUUCUUCAGAUGGAUACAAUGAGAAAAUCCAUUUUGGAAAAAGCAUUCAGUCUUAUAAAUGUUAAUGGUUUUGUGAACAAGCCACAGUGCAGUCGUCUGUUUGAAGAAUUAAACAAAUAUCGGUCUUUGCCAAAAAUUUCAGAAGAAGAUUUUGAACUGAUAUUCAGUGAGCUUGAUGAUAGUGGUGACUUCAAGGGUGGAUUUAUGUGUUGGAGAUGGCUUUGAAAAUUUUUUCAUUUGGAUUUGAUGCUUAUUGGAUGGAUGGACAAAAUCGAUUUGAUUUUGUGAUUACAUGGAUAAUUGUUGUUGGAGAGACUAUGACAUUUGCCUUCCCAUCCGUGCUUCCUUUUCUUUCAAAUGGCGAAUGGAUUCGCUACCUUCUGAUUGCAAGGAUGUUGCGCUUAAUAAGGCUUCUACUACAUGUCCAGCGCUAUAAAGCAUUUGUUGCAACAUUCCUAACUCUUAUUCCUAGUCUGAUGCCAUACCUAGGGACUAUAUUUUGUGUACAAUGCCUUUAUUGCUCACUUGGAGUACAGCUGUUUGGUGGAAUCGUAAAUGCUGGAAACCCUAAACUGGAGAUGACUGAUCUUUCUGAUAACGACUAUUUGCUUUUCAAUUUUAAUGACUACCCAAAUGGAAUGGUGACAUUAUUCAAUUUGCUAGUGAUGGGAAAUUGGCAAGUAUGGAUGCAGAGCUACAAGGAUUUAACAGGAACUUCUUGGAGUCUUGUAUACUUCGUCAGCUUUUACCUUAUAACAGUCUUGCUGCUUCUUAAUUUGGUUGUUGCUUUUGUAUUGGAGGCGUUCUUUGCUGAAAUGGAACUUGAAUCAGCCUCUGAACCACAAGAGGAAAAGGAGGAUCCUGCAAAGAAGGAGCGACGUCGACGAGUUGGUGUGAAGACAAGGAGUCGCACAGUUGACAUUCUUCUUCAUCAUAUGCUAAGUGCUGAACUAGACUCCCAAAGUUGCGAAGCAUAGUUUCACUAUUCCCUGGUACCGUCGGUGUCAAUUUACGAGUGGAGUGAAAACUAGUCGGUUCACCUCGGUAGGAGCCAGCGCAGGAGCUUCAUAUGCGUAUUCUUUAAUGGUGCAGUGUAUGUUUGAAUAUUGUUCCAGAUUGGUGUUUUAUUAAUUAUUUUUAUUUGACAGUGUGGUGAGUAAUUUUCUCUGAUUCUAGAGUAUUUGCAUUAUGCAUCAGUGGUCGUAUUUUGAGGAGGAAAUAAAUAAUAAUAAUAAUAAUAAGCUUCUUUGUCUUGAA